CAGCUCGCUCACUCAUCGCCAUCGCCGUUAGCAAUAUCAAUAUCUACACAGAUGCCUCUUCACAUCAAACAGGACAACUUACUUUAAUUUCGUCUCGCACUGCAUCCAAAGAACAACAACAUCAGGCGCUUGAAGCACAACAGAGUCGAGGAUGGUACCGUCGAGCACAGCACUCAUCACCGCUGCUGCUGCAGCCAGCCUGUUGCUGGGGCCUGCACUGGCCACCGGCAGCUCAUACCCCGACCCUGCCAUAUCACGCCCGCAGAACCUUAACUCGGACGGGCCCGUGGCGGCACAUGCAGCUGCGGAGGCCGACCAAGCCAGCCACGAAAUGGACGAUGACGAGAGCGCCGAGGUAGGAGUGCCAGAGGAGGACUGGCCGCUGGACUGGCAGCCGGAGCUAAAGAGGUCGGAGGCGGGAGGCGAGGAAGAAGGGAGGGUACUUUUGAAGAGGGAAACCAGUGCGGCGCCCACGAUAUACGGCGUCAGCAUCUGGCUGAUACUCGCAUGGCUUGCUCUGCUGUACUUGAUGUAUAAGACUGGCUCUCUAUGAUUGAUGUCUGGGACACUGUGUUCAUUGUAUCUGGGGAAGAACGCCAGCCAAUACUAUAUUAAUGAGCAUUUAAUUUCAUCCGCGUGAGGCGGCAAC